AUGGGGAGGGACAGCGGUCAGAACCCUCUCUCUCUGGGUAGUGUCGAGUCUGGCCUCAGGUUCCACUGGAGUCUGAGCAAACCCUGUGUGCUGGAGAUCAAACCCAGGCAUGCACAGGUGGGCGUUAGUGUGUCUCCCUUUCACAGUUACUCUGUGCUAGUGAGAGCCGAAGCUCCAGGCAGGACCAGCCUCAAAGUGCGUGUGCAGCUCGAAGAAAUACACACCAGAAACUCUUCAUUCUCUGAUCAUCUCACUGUCGAGAUACAGAUACUGGUGUUUGAAGAGAUGCAAUCUCAAUGCAAUCUAGACCAGUGGAAGGUCAUUGAGGAGAAACUACAUCCUGAGGCAGAGCUACUGUGCUCUUUACACUUUGGCGCCCCCUACCUAGAGAUAAGGAUUCUGCAGGAAAUCUUUCACUCAACACCGUUGUACAGUACAGACACAGCUCAGUACAGCUGCAGGAUCACUGUGCAGCCCCAAUCAGACUCCAUCCUCCAUCUUCUGUCCACUCUGCCUGUCUCUAUCUAUCUGUCUGCACGUCUGCAGACUCAAUCAACCCCAGCCGCCCUGCCGUCGCUUCCUAACUCACCCCCUUCUUUUCAAUCUUCUGUUCGGCUCCAGUAUGUGCCAGCGUUCCAUUGUCCUGUCACCAAGAUCAAACUGUCCUCCCAGCAGCCUGUGGCUGAAAUCACAGUGUUUGGCACCACAGACAUGCUCAGUGCUCUAAGGGUUCAGUCAGACACAACAGACAUUGUUUUGUCUGAUCCGGUCCGGUCAGAUGAAGACCCGACCCUCCUCCUCAUUAGAGUCUACUCAGCAUCUCAUUUCCUGGAUCAGGUACCGUCUACUGCAAGCAUUACCCUGUAUACAGACCUUUCUCCACAACCACACGUCGUGAUGGUGAUUAGAGUGAUGGACAGCCAGGAGUCAGGUUAGAGAGCAACAAACACACUUCUCACAAAAUUCUACUGUUCAACAGUUUUGGGUCAGUAAGAUUUUUUUUUAUUAUUAUUAAGAAAUUAAUACUUUCCUUCAGCAAGGAUGUAUUAAACUGAAAAGUGACACAUUUGUGAUGUACAAAGGAUUCCUGAAAAUAGUGCAAAUAGGGAUGCGCCUGUACUCAGCACAACUAUUUUAAACAUUGAUAAUAAGAAAUGCUUCUUGAGCAGCAGAUCAGCAUAUUAGAACAAUUUCUGAAGGAUGGAAGAUGUU